AUGACGACUUAUCAACCAGAAGUUGGAGGAGAAUAUAGUACUGGGUACUUAAAAACACUUAUAAAAACUAAAGAGUUACAUAAAGAUUUAGAAAAAAUGGAGUUUCUAUCUACUGUAUUAACUAAUCCAGAUUUAAAAUUCUACGCUCGGACUUCGGAUACCGUGCAAAAUGUCAACCGGAAUCACAAAAGAAUUAGGUGGGCCGGUCACGUCUGGAGAGCAGAGGACAGACUUAUAUCGACCAUCACGAAAUGGAAGCCAGAUAAAAGUCGACCGAGAGGAAGGCCUAGACAACGAUGGGAGGACCGAGUUAAGGAAGACCUCAAAAUGCUAGGAGUACGGAAUGGAGAAGAACAGGCAGCACACAGAGAAACAUGGAAGGAGAUAGCGGAAGCGGCAAUGGGCCUAAAUGGCCUGGAUUAA